UGUAGUUUCAGCUUCCGAGCUUAUCGCUGGGUUCAGGGUAUGGCAUUUGCUAUCGAGAAAAUCAAUCAAAGUCCAGUUUUGUUGCCAAACAUCACACUUGGAUUAAGGAUAUAUGAUACCUGCUUUGAAAUGCUGAGGACUCUACAGGGUACUUUUUGGAUUCUGACUGGUCAGAAUUUGCCCAUCCCAAAUUACCAGUGUUACCAUCACUCCUCACUUGCAGCUCUUAUUGGUGAUUCGUUAUCAUCUUGCUCAAUUCCAAUGGCACAUCUGUUGGGGCUCUACUUGCAGCCACAGGUCAGUUACUUUGCAUCAAGUCCUCUUCUAAAUGACAAGAACCAAUACCCAUCAUUCCUUAGAACAAUUCCAAGUGAUGAGUUCCAGUCACAUGGCUUAGCACAGCUGCUUUCCUACUUUUCCUGGAUAUGGGUUGGAAUUGUAGCUGAAGACAAUGAGUAUGGGCAAGUAGGGACCCAUAUCCUUAGAGAAGCUAUUAUGAAGACCGGUGGCUGUAUUGCUUUUCAUGAAACUGUUCCUCUACUCUUGUAUGAGCAAAGUAUUAAGCGUUUAGUAGAAGUCAUCAGACAGUCAUCUGCCACAGUCAUUGUUGUUUUCUGCUAUGAUUCUAACAUGAUUUCAGUGAUGGAGGAACUUUCUAGACAAAAUGUAACAGGAAAAGUCUGGAUUGCAAGUGAGGCCUGGUCCAGUUCUUCCAGCUUAUCCCAGCCAAAGUUCUCAAACUUAUUAAGGGGAACUCUAGGAUUUGCAAUCAACAGAGGGAAUAUUCUGGGUUUUGGAAAGUUUCUGCACAAAAUUAAUCCCAUAGGGAGUCUAGAUGACAUUUUUAUAAAACCUUUCUGGGAAGCAGCCUUUGGCUGUGUAUGGACCAGUUCUGAUAACAACCAAACAGCUGACACAUCAGAUAUGGCAGCUAAACCCUGCAGUGGGACAGAGAGGCUGGAAACAGUUAGCAAUGCCUACACAGAUGUAUCUAAUUUACGAAUCACAUGCAAUGUCUACAAUGCAGUGUAUGUUGUGGCAUGUGCCCUGCAUGACCUCAGUGUGUGUAAUCCUGGAGAAGGGCCAUUUCAUAAUGGGACAUGUGCCAACAUCCACAGCUAUCAACCAUGGCAGCUCCUGCACUAUAUGAAGAAUGUCCAUUUUGUAAAUGAUGCAAACAUGGAAAUUUAUUUUGAUGAGUAUGGAAACAUACCUCCUCAAUAUGACAUCCUUAACUGGCAGCUGACAUCUGAUGGCACAAUUGCAUUUGUAGAGUUUGGGAAGUUUAGCAUCACUGCAGCUCAAGGACAUAAACUGACCAUUAACUCUGGUGCCAUCCAGUGGACUGGAGGAUCUACUCAGAUUCCACGAUCCGUGUGCAGUGAAAGUUGCUUCCCAGGUUACAGAAAAGCUACAAAACAGGGACAGCCAGCCUGCUGCUCUGAUUGCGUCCUCUGUUCCCUAGGAGAGAUGACAAAUCAAACAGAUUCCACUGAGUGCCUGAAGUGCCCAGAUGAUAAAUGGACAAACGACAAACGUGAUCGAUGCCUCCCCAAAGCUGUAGACUUCCUCUCUUAUGAAGACCAUCUUGGUAGAACUAUAGCUUUUGUUUCCAUUUUCUUUUCACUUAUCCCAGCUGCAGUCCUUGGCUUAUUUAUCAAGUAUCGGUAUACACCAAUUGUUAAAGCAAACAACCAGGAAAUCAGUUGUCUUCUUCUAUUCGCUCUUGUGUUUUGCUUUCUGUGUCCUUUGAUUUUCAUUGGUCAUCCUAUGAAUGUAACAUGUGUACUUCGCCAGUCCACUUUUGGUAUAACUUUUGUCCUUUGUAUUUCUUGUGUUUUGGCCAAAACAGUAAUGGUGGUUAUUGCCUUCAGAGCCACAAAACCUAACAGUAAUCUAAAAAAGUGGGUGGGGCCAACCUUACCCAAAGUCACUGUUGUUUUCUUUACUCUUUUACAGGUUGUUAUAUGUGUCAUAUGGGUAAUUAGCACCCCACCGACUGUAGAGUAUGAUAUGAAGUCCCAAGCUGGGACAGUUAUAAUUCAGUGUAAUGAGGGUUCACACACUGCAUUCUGGUGCAUGCUGGGAUACAUGGGCCUUUUGGCUACAAUAAGCUUCAUUGUGGCAUUCUUGGCCAGAAAGUUACCUGACAGCUUUAAUGAAGCCAAAUACAUAACCUUCAGCAUGUUAGUGUUUGUUAGUGUCUGGCUGACCUUCAUUCCAGCAUAUCUGAGUACAAAGGGAAAGUACAUGGUUGCUGUUGAGAUAUUCACCAUCCUGGGCUCCAGUGUUGGGUUACUAGUUUGUAUAUUUUUCCCCAAAUGUUAUAUUAUAAUUCUGAAACCUGAGAGGAACACACAUAAGCAAUUAAUAGAAAAAAGAACAGGCAGACUACAGUGA